UCAGUGUCGAGCCUGAAAGCGGAGGACGAAGAGCAAGAGCCGACAGACAGACAAGAGUCGCAGCUAAACGGCGUUUUGAAUUAUCUUCUUUUUACGCGCAGCUGCUGACGGUCGCUUUGAGGAUUUAAGCUCAGCUCUCGGUGUGUGAUUUUGAUGAUUUUUUUCCCUCCACUGUUGGUCGAAGUUUUCGACUGUCACGUCUUAGUUACGGACACUUUUCUGUCACAUAUGUGGGAUUUAUCGUUUUCAUGUAAGACUUUACAAUUAAACACUGAGCUACACUUGGUGUUGGGCUGUUUUUAGACUGUUAUUAUAACGUAGCCCGCAGCUAUCGGUAUUGGCAGCCACUAGACCUGCUUUCGCCAUGGGGAAAUAGCGGGGCUCUCUCAAACCGACCCCCGUAUUGCGACUCUUUCAUGCGCCUUUUUAAAAGACUCGGCUCAGUUUUUUACUUCAGCUAUGAGCAUGGAUGGUUGUCCGCUGAAGGUGGCGAUUUUUCUGUGGUGCACACUAGUGAUUUCUGGCUCCAGCUUUGAGAUAGGCUCCUACGACCUGGAGCGAGGCAGACCAGCGAAGUGCGAGGCCAUCGUGAUCCCCAUGUGCCAGGGGAUCGGCUACAACCUGACCCGGAUGCCCAACUUCAUGGACCACGACGACCAGAAGGAAGCCGCUAUCAAGCUGAACGAGUUUGCUCCUCUGGUGGCUUACGGCUGUGAUGUGCACCUCCGCUUCUUCCUCUGCUCCCUCUACGCCCCCAUGUGCACGGACAAAGUGUCGACCUCCAUCCCCGCAUGCAGACCCAUGUGUGAGCAGGCCAGGGAGAGGUGUGCCCCCAUCAUGAAGAAGUUCAGCUACACCUGGCCCGACUCGCUUGACUGCUCCAAGCUGCCCACGAGGAACGACCCCAACGCUCUGUGCAUGGAGGCCCCCGAGAAUGAAACCAGGACGGAGGGCAAGAAAGGUGAGGGCAUGCUUCCUGUGCCCCCUCGGCCCAGGCAGCCAGGCACCAGUAGCGGGCGCUCCCCGGGAAGUGUGGGCACCUGCGAGAACCCAGACAAGUUCCAGUUUGUGGAGAAGAGCCAGUCCUGUGCGCCUCGGUGCUCCCCUGCUGUCGACGUGUUCUGGUCCAGGCAAGACAAAGACUUCGCCUUCAUAUGGAUGACUGUAUGGUCGAUCCUGUGCUUCAUCUCCACUGCCUUCACUGUCCUCACCUUCCUCCUGGAGCCUCACCGCUUCCAGUACCCUGAACGCCCCAUCAUCUUCCUCUCUAUGUGCUACAAUGUGUAUUCUGUGGCCUUUGUCAUCCGAUCCGUGGCUGGAGCUGAGAACAUCGCCUGUGACAGGGAGCAUGGCGAGCUCUACAUCAUCCAGGAGGGACUGGAGUCAACUGGCUGCACCAUCGUCUUCCUCAUCCUCUACUACUUCGGCAUGGCCUCUUCUAUCUGGUGGGUCAUCCUCACCCUCACCUGGUUCCUGGCUGCGGGGAAGAAAUGGGGCCAUGAGGCUAUCGAAGCCCACAGCAACUACUUCCACAUGGCGGCUUGGGGCAUCCCCGCUCUGAAGACCAUUGUCAUCCUCACGAUGAGGAAGGUGGCAGGGGAUGAGCUGACGGGGCUAUGCUAUGUGGGCAGCAUGGACUCUGGGGCGCUCACCGGCUUUGUCCUCAUCCCUCUGUCCUGCUACCUGAUCAUCGGCACCUCCUUCAUCCUCACCGGCUUUGUGGCUCUCUUCCACAUCCGCAAAGUGAUGAAGACCGAGGGCACCAACACAGAGAAGCUGGAGAAGCUCAUGGUGAAAAUCGGCAUCUACUCCAUCCUCUACACGGUGCCAGCCACCUGUGUCAUCGUCUGCUACUUCUACGAGCGGCUCAACAUGGACUACUGGAAGCUGAGGGGGCUGCAGAUGAAGUGCGGCUCGUUCAACGGCCUCAGCGGGGACUGCUCGCUGCAGGCUUCCGUGCCGACCGUGGCCGUUUUCAUGCUGAAGAUCUUCAUGUCGCUGGUAGUGGGCAUCACCAGUGGGGUGUGGGUGUGGAGCUCUAAGACCCUGCAGACCUGGCAGGGCCUGUGCAGCAGGAAGCUCGCAGACAGGACUAGGAGCAGAAAGCCAUGCAGUGGCGUCAGCUGCGGCAGCACACACUGCCACUACAAAUCCCCCGCUGUGGUUCUGCACAUGGCCAAGACUGACCUGCACUCAGACAACCCCACACAUGUCUGAGACAGAGCGUGACACACGGACAUAAACAUACACACUGCCAAAUGCAAACACACACACGACCUGAGAAAGGAGCUGCUGAAGACUUUGUGAGAAAAUGAGCAGAUGAAAUGAACUAUCAGGUACUGCUGUGCUGCUGCCAAGGGACGCGUAACUAUGAGAAACUAUCUAUAAACAGUAUUCAAUGCAUAAAGGGAAAUGCUCAGUAUUGUAACCUAUAUUUUGUCUGUUACAUAGUCGUCUGUGCAGUAGAAGUGCCCAGUGUUUCAAAGCAAAAAAAAAAGACUGUUAUGGGUGGUAUCUUUGGGAAAUUUGAGUUUUUUCUCCUGCUAUAAAGUGGCAUGGAUUUGUAAAAAUGUGUAUAAAUGUUUUAUUUAUUGUAAAUAUAUUUAAUUUAAAGGUCACCUUAUCAGAUUUGUUGUUUAGAUGCAUUUAUUGAAGGUAAAGGGAAAUUUAAGUGCCUUUUAUAAGAAUUCUGGUUCUGGCUUUUUUUUUUUUUUUUUUGAGGAAAAUAAA